CUACCAGCGCUGUGGGAGUUGAAUGAUUAAACUGGAGCUGUUUACAUUCCAAACCAAGCUUUCCACUGUUCAUACGAGAGAGAAUUUGAAUUCUCCAAUAAUCGAGAGGUUCCGCCUUUGAUUCCUCCCUCAAAACAACCUGCUGCUUAUUUGGACGUUCCACCUGCUGGACGCUCACUAGAUCCGUCAGUGAGUGCUGAUCGUGGAGGGGAUUUCUUCAGACAUGCCAUCAGCGGGAUUUGAGAUAUUAGGAGUGACUCUGGCUCUGCUGGGCUGGAUCUCCGCCAUCGUUUCCUGCGCUUUGCCCAUGUGGAGAGUGUCGGCGUUCAUCGGGGUGAACAUCGUGACGGCGCUGACCAUCUGGGAGGGCAUCUGGAUGAGCUGCGUGGUCCAGAGCACCGGCCAGAUGCAGUGCAAGGUCUACGACUCCAUGCUGGCUCUGAGUGCCGACCUUCAGGCCGCCCGCGCCCUCACUGUCAUCUCCGUUGUGUUGGGGGUUCUGGGACUCCUGAUGUCCGUCAUGGGGGCAAAGUGCACCAACUGCGUGGACGAAGAGGCGGCUAAAGCGCGGGUGAUGAUUGUCUCCGGAGGGGCUUUCGUUCUGGCCUCCCUCACCCAGAUAAUCCCCGUGUCCUGGUCCGCUCACACCAUCAUAACGGAGUUCUACAGUCCGGCCGUACCAGAGGCCCAGAAGAGGGAGAUCGGUGCUGCGCUGUAUCUGGGUUGGGCCGCCGCUGCCUUCCUGCUCAUCGGAGGCGGCAUCCUGUCCUCCAGCUGCCCUCGGGGGCCGGAGAAAAGGUACAGAACGCCGUACUCCCAAACCAGAUCGGUGGUACCGAACGGCUAUGACAGGAGAGACUACGUCUGAAGCGACAUCUGCUCCGCUCUCACGCACCGACCAACGUGUACCAACUCAUUAAAGACUCCGGAAACAGAACUGAAAAGGACAAAAACGUCUAAAAACUAAAAAUACUAUUUUUGACAAAAGUAUUUUUGACUAGUUU